CUGGGCUUGGUCUGUCUGACGCCAUAUCAGAAUACAAACUGAAACAAUAACGCGGCUAUAUUUCGAGACAACCAACGUCUGUGACUUAUGUUUUGUUGAAGUAGAAGAAGUGGUAUUAGCCCUUUCUGCUGUUUUCCAAAGAAGGCAUAUGUCUGCAAGAAGCUUGUGGAAGCAUGACCUGUAGAAGAACUGAGUCUUGAAGAGUCUUGAACUACUGUCGCCUUGACUUUCAGUUUUCUACGAAAUCACUCCAUAAUGUUUACAGUUAAGGCACACAUCAACCAUCAUCACAGGAAUCAAACCUUCUGAAGGUUGUGCUGUAGACAGCACAGUACUAAUCUAAUGACAUCCAAGAAAUGCUACAUUGACUGAAUAAAUCUAGACUGUGACUAUGUUCACUUUAAGGAUCAUUAUUUUUAUUACACUAAUUGUUCCUCUUAAUUAUAAACUUUGUUCCUGUCAGUGUUCUCAUGCUGAAUAUGAGAUACACAAGCAAUGCUGCCCAAUGUGUGCCCCUGGAAACCGUGUUCAUUGGCACUGCACAGAUGAUACCAGCACAACUUGUGUUCCAUGUCCUUCAUCAACUUUCACUGAUGAACCAAAUGGCCUCACUGGAUGCUUUCCUUGUACUGUAUGUGAUGCAAGCCGUGGUUUAAGAGUGAAUAAAAAAUGCACUCGGUCAUCAGACACUGUUUGUGGGCCUCUAGAGAGAUUCUACUGCAUUGAAAAAAAGAAAGGCUACUGUUCUUUAGCUGUGCAACAUUCAGAAUGUAGCCCUGGGCAAUAUAUCAAACAAGCAGGUACUGCCUCUACAGAUACUGUAUGUGCUGACUGUACAGGUGACACAUAUUCAAAUGGAUCUUUCUCAUCCUGUUUACCACACACAAAAUGUGAGGCCCUGGGACUUACUGAAACAAAUCCAGGAACACAUUCAUCUGACACCAAAUGUGGAAAUCCCUCUACACCUGUAGCAAUAAUUGCCCCUAGUGUUAUAGUUACUUUAAUAUUAAUUUUAGUAAUACUUUAUUUCAUAUUUAAACAUAUUUGGAAGAAGAAGCAAUCAAAAAGUUCAGGUAAGGGCUAUUCAGUUAUAUUUUGUAGUAUGAGAUCUAUUGUUGUGUUUUUUAUAUAAUGGAAUUUUCUUUGAAAAUUAAUCAAUUAAUCCAGGCUGGGUCACUUUGAUAAUCAUUCAUAUACACAGUAUAUUGCUACAUUUAAAAAUGAUGGUGCUGUAGAGAGGAUUUUAUACAGAUUUAUUAUUAUUA